UAUCGUGGAAUCAUCAUGAAGUUGCUCAUCGUCCUCCUGUGUGUCGGUUUGACGUUCGCCGCAAAGGCUCGUUUCGACAAUUAUCGCGUGAUGCGAGUAACUGUCGAAAACGAGGCUCAACUCAACGUUUUGCGAGAACUCGAAAACCAAAAUAGUGGCUACAUGUUUUGGGAAACGCCCGACGCCGUUGGUCGUAACGUAGACUUCGUCGUACCUCCUCACAAAUUGGAUGAAGCUGAAAGUAUUUUCGCUAAAAUUGGUUUGAAACCAACCACGUUAGCUGGAAAUUUGCAGAGCUUGAUCGACAAUGAAGGUGUUGCUCGUAAACGUGCUGCUUUCGAUUGGUCAGAGUAUCACGAUUUGACUACAAUGUACAAAUGGAUGGAUGACAUUGCAGCUCAAUACCCAAAUGUCGUGACGAAAUUCAACGUUGGUAAAACUUACGAAGGACGUGACAUCAAAGGAUUGAAGGUUUCGUACAAAGCUGGCAAUCCAGGUCUUUUCUUGGAAAGUAACAUCCAUGCUCGUGAAUGGGUUACAAGUGCAAGUUCUACAUGGAUCUUGAAUCAACUUCUUACCUCAACUGAUGCCAACAUUCGUGAUAUUGCUGAAAACAUCGAUUGGUACUUUGUUCCAGUUGCUAAUCCCGAUGGCUUUGAAUAUACUCAUACAUCAAACCGCAUGUGGCGUAAGACUCGCAAACCUUCGAGCAGUUUGUGCUAUGGCGCUGAUCCAAACCGUAACUUUGGCUACAAAUGGAUGACAGGAGGAUCUUCAAGCAUUGCUUGCAGUGACACCUAUGCUGGAUCUUCAGAAUUCUCUGAGCCAGAAACUGCUGCAUUAGCUGCUUUCUAUUCCACGAUUGCCAAGAAUAUCACUGCUUACAUCGAUUUCCAUUCGUACAGUCAACUUUUGAUGUAUCCUUAUGGAACAACAGUUGCUGGAUCAAUUUCCAACGAAGAUGAACACAUCAAAGUCGGAAAAGAGAUGCAAAAGAAAAUUGCUGAACGUUAUGGCACACAAUACGAAUUCGGAGAUAUUGUUACGACAAUUUACGUUGCAUCUGGAGGCAGCAUUGAUUGGGUUAAGGGAGUUCAUGACACACCAUUUGUCUUUGUCUAUGAGAUGAGAGAUACAGGACGUUAUGGUUUCAUUUUGCCCGCUGAACAAAUCGUACCAAAUGCUGAAGAGACCUUGGAUUCAUUGGUGACAAUGGUUCAAGAAGCUCGUAAACUUGGAUAUUUCAAGCAACUCAGAAACUAAAAAUUUAGUAAUUAGAAAUUUUCUUAAGAGAUUAUCAACUUUUUGUAAUAAAACCUCAAAUUUU